GGCGUUUUUCAUCUCAACACCCAAUAAAAUUCCUACCAAAAACAUCUUCUCCCGCCAAUUUUCCGCGGAUUUCUCUCCACUCCACUCUCGAUAUUGCUUCCACACUCCCUCAAUUUCUGAUUUCCAUGGAAGAGAUUCAAUUUUCCACUGAGCCAUCAUUUUUCUCGCCGGAAUUCUAUUGAACUACUCGUUACUUCUGCCUCCUCAGUUCAAGCCCUAGUUCGCUUCUUCAGGUUCUGCACAGCAUGCCGUCCCUGAUUUCAUCCGGGAAGAUCCUCCGAUUGGAGCUCGAGAAUUUCAAGUCCUACAAGGGUCAUCAAACAAUCGGGCCCUUUUAUGAUUUCACUGCCAUUAUUGGCCCCAAUGGAGCUGGGAAGUCGAACCUCAUGGAUGCUAUAAGCUUCGUGCUUGGUGUGCGGACUGGCCAAUUACGUGGGGCGCAGUUGAAGGACCUAAUCUACGCUUUCGAUGACAGGGAAAAGGAACAGAAGGGGCGGAGGGCAUUUGUGCGGCUCGUGUAUCAGAUGGGAAAUGGGUCGGAGCUUCAAUUUACGAGGACAAUCACAAGCACCGGCGGCAGCGAGUAUCGAAUUGAUGGGAAGAGCGUUUCCUGGGAUGAGUAUAAUUCGAAGCUGAGAUCACUCGGAAUACUCGUCAAGGCUAGGAAUUUCCUCGUUUUCCAGGGUGAUGUAGAAUCCAUUGCAUCCAAAAAUCCCAAAGAACUGACAGGACUUCUUGAGCAGAUCUCUGGAUCUGAUGAUCUUAAGAGAGAAUAUGAAGAGUAUGAAGAACAGAAAGCCAAGGCUGAAGAAAAUUCAGCACUUGUAUAUCAGAAGAAAAAGACUAUUGUCAUGGAAAGAAAGCAGAAGAAAGAGCAAAAGGAAGAAGCAGAAAAACACCUCCGUUUGCAAGACCAACUGAGAUCUUUGAAGAAAGAGCACUUCUUGUGGCAAUUAUUUGCUAUAGAAAAGGACAUUGUAAAACUUAAUGAGGACCUUGUAGCUGAAACGAGAAGUCGUGAGGCUGUCAUGCAACAAAAUGAUGAUUUUGAACAUGAAUGUUCGAAAAAGAGGAAAGAACAAGCUAAAUAUUUGAGGGAAAUCGGUAACUGUGAGAAGAGAAUUGCAGAGCGAAGUAAUAGGCUUGAUAGGAAUCAACCUGAGCUUCUGAAAUUGAAAGAAGAAACUUCUCGAAUAAAUUCAAAAAUCAAGAGAAGUCGAAAAGAUCUUGAUAAGAAAAUAGAACAAAGGAGAAAACAUGCUCAAUAUAUUAAGGAGUUACAAAAGGGCAUACAAGAUCUCAAUGCACAGCUUGAUGAUUUACAUGAGAAAGGUCGAGACAGUGGUGAAAAACUAAAGUUAGAUGACCAAGAGCUGAGGGAAUAUUGUCGAAUCAAGGAGGAAGCUGGGAUGAAAACUGCAAAACUAAGAGACGAAAAGGAGGUUUUAGAUAGGCAACAACAUGCUGAUAUUGAAGCUCAGAAGAAUUUGGAAGAGAACUGUCAACAAUUACGUAACAGGGUGAAAGAACUGGAUUCACAAGAGGAGCAGAUACGAACAAGACUGAGGAAGAUUCUUGAUAGUUCAGUUAGACAUAAGGACGAUCUUGCAGAUCUGAAAAAGGAUUUGCAUACCAUAAAAGAUCAGCAUCGAGAUGUCAGGAAUAAAUAUGAAAACCUAAAGUCAAAAAUUGGAGAAAUUGAAAACCAACUGCGGGAACUGAAGGCUGAUAGAUAUGAAAAUGAAAGAGAUGCUAAAUUAUCUCAAGCUGUUGAAACUUUGAAACGGCUGUUUCAAGGAGUUCAUGGUCGCAUGACUGAUCUUUGUCGUCCGACACAGAAGAAGUACAACCUGGCUGUUACUGUUGCAAUGGGUAAAUUUAUGGAUGCAGUGGUUGUUGAGGAUGAACAUACAGGAAAAGAAUGUAUUAAGUAUUUGAAAGAACAAAAACUUCCUCCUCAAACAUUCAUACCUCUUCAGUCAGUUCGUGUAAAGCCCAUCAUUGAGAGAUUGCGUGCUUUAGGUGGUAGUGCGAAGCUGGUCUUUGAUGUUAUCCAUUUUAAUCCGAUAUUGGAGAAGGCAAUUAUUUUUGCUGUGGGAAAUACUCUAGUUUGUGAUGAUCUUGAUGAAGCCAAGGCUCUGAGCUGGAGUGGAGAAAGGCAUAAAGUUGUAACUGUUGAUGGGAUUUUGCUUACGAAAUCUGGCACAAUGACUGGGGGUACUAGUGGUGGCAUGGAAGCAAGGUCAAACAAAUGGGACGAUAAAAAGAUUGAAGGACUCAAGAAAAAGAAAGAACAGUAUGAAUCAGAGCUAGAUGAACUUGGAUCAAUCAGAGAGAUGCAAGUAAAGGAGUCUGAAAAAUCUGGGAGAAUUAGUGGACUUGAGAAAAAAAUUCAGUAUGCAGAGAUUGAGAAG